AUGGAGCGACUCCUAGAUCGAAGGCUCAAUCCCAUCGAAGACCGUUUGUUCCAAGUUGAAGUGAAUGGCCAACGUGAAAGAGCACCCAAGGGGGUUAGACCAAGACGGGAGAGACCAAAUCAGAACCGGGGAAGACGAAGGGCCCAAGACGAUGAAGCAAAUGACCUUAGUGAUCUUGAAAGUGAACAAGAACGCGAAGAUGAUGAUCUCAAGAACAUUAAACUGACUAUUCCACCGUUUCAAGGUAGAUCGGAUCUGGAGGCCUAUCUUGAGUGGGAAAAAAAGAUAGAGUUGGUGUUCGAUUGUCACAAUUACUCCGAGAAUAAAAAGGUGAAACUAGCAGCAAUAGAGUUUUCGGACUACGCCAUGAUUUGGUGGGAACAACUAACCACUAGUCGGAGGCGUAACGGUGAACGUCCUAUCUCUACAUGGACCGAAAUGAAGGCGGUGAUGAGGCGACGAUUUAUCCCUGCGUACUACCACCGGGAGUUGCACCAAAAACUCCAAAAUCUCACACAAGGGUCCAAAAGUGUCGAGGAUUACUACAAAGAGAUAGAAAUCGCGAUGAUUCGAGCGGAUGUCCAAGAAGAUCCCGAAGCAACGAUGGCGCAAUUCCUGGCUGGUCUAAAUCGAGAUAUAGCAAACGUAGUGGAAUUACAACACUACAUUGAAGUGGUUGAUAUGGUCUAUAUGGCCAUCAAGGUGGAAAGACAACUCAAGAGAAAAGGCCCAAGUCGAGGGUUUCCCACUUCCAACCCUUCAAGGUGGAGCCAAGGAUCAAGUAAAGGACCCGCCAAUCCAUGCGGGAAGGAGACCACGGUACCUCCAAAACCAACAAGCCCAUCGCCGAAAAACAAAGGCAAGGCACCCGAAUCGUCAUACAAUCGAACUCGGGAUAUUAAGUGUUUUAAGUGUCUCGGAAGAGGCCACAUAGCAAGCCAAUGCCCAAAUCGAAGGACCAUGGUAUUGCGAGCCGAUGGCGAGAUCGAAACGGAGGAUGAGGAGGAGAAAGAAUCUGAAUCAGCUUCUGAAGUCGAGGAGGACAUGGAACAACCCAUGGAAGGAGAACUACUUGUUGUAAAACGAAGUCUAAGCAGCUGUACCAAUGUAGCAAGUACCAUGAUGGUUGAAAGACUUGGUUUACCUACUACCAAGCAUCCGAGCCCCUACAAACUACAAUGGCUUAACGACAGAGGAGAGCUUAAGGUAACGAAGCAAGUACUUGUCUCUUUCAACAUCGGCAAGUAUUCGGAUGAAGUUCUUUGUGACGUCAUACCGAUGCAUGCGGGGCAUUUGCUACUUGGCCGACCGUGGCAGUUUGAUAGACGAGUUCAACACGACGGGUAUACCAACCGGUAUACAUUCAAAUUCAUGGGAAAGAAUGUGACGUUGGCUCCAUUGACUCCCAAACAAGUGUAUAAAGACCAAAUCAAGCUAAAAGCUUCUAUUGAGCAAAUGAGAGAAAAAGAAAAAGAAAAGCCUAAGUCCUUAUCUUUGUUCCGUAUUAUUGGUACGAAAAAGGAUUUUAACAUGGCGCAUGUCGUGGAUUGCCGAGCCGUUAACAAGAUAACAAUCAAAUACCGUCAUCCCAUUCCUCACUUAGAUGACAUGUUAGAUGAGCUUAGCGGGGCCAAAGUUUUCUCAAAAAUUGAUUUGAAGAGUGGUUACCACCAAAUUCGGAUGCGAGAAGGAGACGAAUGGAAAACAGCAUUCAAGACUAAGCACGAACUAUACGAAUGGCUGGUUAUGCCUUUUGGCCUUACCAACGCUCCAAAUGCGUUCAUGAGACUAAUGAACCAUGUCUUAAGGCCUUUCAUCGGUAAGUUUUGUGUGGUAUAUUUCGACGAUAUAUUGAUUUACGACAAAUCUAUGGAAGAACAUGUAAGUCAUCUCAAAUCUGUUUUAGAAGUUUUGCGGAAAGAGACCUUAUAUGCUAAUUUAAAGAAAUGUUCUUUUUGUUCUAACAAAACUAUUUUUCUAGGAUUUGUAGUUAGUGCGGAUGGUCUUGAGGUAGACCAAGAGAAGAUUAAGGCCAUACGAGAUUGGCCAAGGCCUACGAGUGUUACGCAAAAAAAUUCUUCUUUUAUUUGGAACGAUGAACAAGAGAAAUCAUUUAUAAAAAUCAAAGAUUGUCUCACUAACGCUCCUUUGCUUGCCCUUCCAGAUUUCUCGAAGACUUUUGAGAUCGAGUGCAAUGCUUCGGGCAUUGGAAUCGGGGCCGUGUUGACACAAGACGGACGUCCUGUGGCUUACUUUAGUGAAAAACUCAAUGGAGCCGUACUCAACUAUCCGGUGUAUGAUAAAGAGAUGUACGCGCUCAUACGAGCCCUUGAGACAUGGCAACAUUACUUGUGGCCUAAGGAAUUCGUUAUUCAUUCCGAUCAUGAAGCCUUGAAGCACGUCAAAGGCCAACAUAAGUUGAACCGACGCCACUCGAAGUGGGUUGAAUACCUUGAGUCAUUUCCGUAUGCCAUCAAAUAUAAGAAAGUGCAUGAGGCGCAUAGUGGCGGGCUUAUGGGCCAUUCUGCGACUAAAUUCUCCCCAUUUGAAAUUGUUUACGGUUUUAAUCCCUUGACUCCUUUAGAUCUAUUGCCUUUACCUACUGAUCAGUUUGUCCAUGUAGAUGCAAAGAAAAAGGCAGAUUUUGUCAAGGAUUUACAUAGCAAGGUGAGGGCCAAUAUCGAGGCUAGGACUAAGUCCUAUGUGCGUAAUGCAAACAAAGGCCGAAAACGAGUAGUUUUUGAACCCGGAGAUUGGGUGUGGGUUCAUAUGCGAAAAGAAAGGUUUUCGGCUCAACGAAAGUCGAAGUUAUUGCUAAGAGGAGAUGGGCCGUUUCAAGUUUUGGAACGAAUAAACGAUAAUUCUUAUAAACUUGAUCUCCCAGAUAGUGCUGCCAAGUUUCAAGUGAUCGAAUCAAGGCAUACAUCUCUUUGUCGUACAUCGGAUAAUUGA